AUGCAACAUCACAAGAAUAAAAUAGGUCAAGUUGUUUUCUGUCAACAAAUCAUCGGACGUGUGUGGACAUACUUGGUCGUUCUCUCAUUCACUAAACUACUUCAAUUCAUAAUGAAUAUUGUACAUAAUGCCAAAGAAGCUCAUCUGUCUUGGUUACCUUCUACCAGUGGAUCACCUCCACCGCCAAAUGCACUCCAAGCAGAUUCUGGCAUUUGUGUGAUUCGUGGCAAAAAGGGUGGACAUUUAAUACCAGGAAAAGAAACUCCACUUUCUGAAUUUGAAAUUUUGUGCACCACGAACGUACAUUCAAAUCAAACUUUAUAUCAGUGGGUUCCAGCAUCUUCCGGUAGAGUUCCAGCUAGUGCAUUACUUGCUGGUAUAACUAACACAAGUGAACCUUUAUAUAUUACUCGUGCUAUGGUACAAGAUGAAUUGUGUAUUGGUAAAGUUAACUGUUCCCAAAAAUUUGCAAGUCUUCCUUACAAGGGUAAAGAAAACAAAAUGAAACAUUAUGAUGUACUAUGUUUUAUAGAACAGAAGGAUUAA